AAUACGGCCGUAAGCCUUUAACUUUACGGUACAAGUUUUUUUAUUUUGCAUCCACACACAGCAACUUUUAGUUAGUAACGUACUCGAUUACACGAUGACACUACCGGGCUUCCCUUCCGUAAUAAUACAGCGAUAACUUGAGCGCCCCUGACUGGCCGGUGGCCCACGGCCGCGAACUAAAUCUAUAUAUCAACGUCAUUAUAGGUUAUGUUAUGGAAAAUGUUCUAACGCGCACAGGAUACUGAUUGUGAUUUUUUAAGAAAAACUGAACAAACAUUCGUCCUACUCACCCAUGGCGGUAUUACAUCGAGCGCUGUUUACAUGGUUUAAUCUUCUUAUUUUCUUGAUUUUACUGGUGCUCAGACUUGAUCAAAGAAUACAAUGGAAUUGGUUUAUUGUGUUUAUUCCUAUGUGGCUGUACGACAAUAUUUUACUAAUUUACAUCACAUUCAACAUGAUUUUGUUCUGCAAAAAUGCUCAUGAUCGUCUUAUUAGCCUUCGAAGAAUGAUAUGGUACAUGGUGGCUGUACUUAUGAAAUUAAGCGCACAAAUACUUGUAUGUUUGAAAUUGGAAGCAACACAAUGGACUCUGCUAGCUAAAGUGGUUUUAGCACCAUUCUGGGUAUUAUUUGCUGCUUUGGCAGUUGAUGUUUUUGCUCAUCUCUUAGAAGAUACCAGAAUUAUUAUAUUAUAA